UCUCACCCAGAGGUCUUGCCUUUGAAGAACAACUUGUACUCUUAAAUGUGUAAAAAUAUUCAGUAUUAUGUUUUAUUCUGCAUAAUAAAAAUUUCUCCUUUCCCCUCCAACAGAAUGUACAUUACUUGGGUGCUGAUAUAAAUGAUUCGCAGCUACAAGGUGCACAUGAAAACAUUAAGGCUGCAGGCUUGAUGGAUAAAAUUGAGUUACUUAAAGCAUCUGUCAUAGCAUUGCCCUUACCUUCAGAAAGUGUUGAUGUUGUGAUUUCGGACAUUCCAUUUGGGAAAAAGUUCAAGAUAACAAAAGACAUAAAGCUUCUACCAAAUAUUCUUCGAGAAAUGGAAAGAGUGCUUCAUGUUGGAGGGACACUUGUAUUACUUGUGAGUCAAGAUCUCCACAAGCACAUGGGUGGCUGUAUUAGCAAUUGUGUUGAAAAUGACACAUCUUUGAACGCCACCAUUGACAACAAGAAUGGAGCUGGUGUGGUGAAAGACUUGAAUCCCAAAGAGAAAAAUGGGAGUCCAAGAAGUAUUUCCUCUUCAAUUAAAGUUGUAGAAACUGAACACUUCAACAAUAACAUUACAUGCUUUGGGUCUUUGGCAGCAGUAGAAUCCUAUGGAGUUAGCCUUGGAAAAACAGAUGCUUUCAUAUACAAAUAUAGGAAGAUACCUGGUGCUGGAAUGCAGUAGAAUUCUGAAAGUGAACAUGGAUCUUAUUUGAAAGUAUAUUGCACUGAAACAACUGAACCAUGUUGGUCCUAAUUUGGGGCCAUAUUGUGCAACUGGUAAGCAAAUUUAUUUGGACAACUUUACAGCAUUCCUUCCCCCCCCCCCCCCCCCAUCUACUGCUUUCUUUGCUAAAGAAUUCAGUAGUCACAAGAUGGUGGAGACAGUCCUCCAACAAUGUUAAGUUGGCCACAAUAAAAUACUGAAAUGAGGCCAAAUCCUGAGGUCCUUACUCAAGCAAAGCAUCCAUUUACUUAAUGAGUAAAAACUGAGCAAGGGUCUCAUGGUUUGGUCCAUACUCUUCUAGGAGUGAUUUGUAUAGGAUUUAACUUGCUGCCACUGUGGGUUUGCUUUCCUAAACAUUUACCUAGUUAGAAUAGGAAACACAUGCACUGUGCCAGAUCUAUUGAUUGUAUAUCAAUUAGUAAUAUUAUUUAGUUUCCCCAAAUAGCACUGAAAUUUGAUAGGUUCUUGUACCAAGAUCAGGCAAAGUAUUAUCAGAACUCCUGUUCAGUUGGGAGCCUGAAGGUGCAUGGUUGCAACACUCACACUUAGGAAAUCACACUGUAUUUAUAAUAAUUUUAUUAAUACAGUUAGCAAAGUCACGAACACUCUAAACCCUGCGAGGCAGGUAGAGAGAGUACAGAAUGUGCUGAGAAUCCAGAUACUUACACCAUCCCGUGCAAAACAACCUGCAGUGUUAGUUAUCUUCCCCAUCACCAUCAGUCGUCAUCUUGGCAUCUCUGAAGGCACCCAGGGUGGGAUACAACUUAUUAUAAUGUGUUACACUUAUGCCACCAUGCGCAAUGCAAUACUCAGAUGGGGUUUCAGGCCCUUUUCAUUAUUUGUAGUGCCCGAUACUGAUGUCCUUACUAGAGCCAGUCUGCCGUCAGUUCACACAUUGCUGAUGAGAGCCCAGACCAGGU